AUGGAGAACGUUGAUCGUUUGAACACUUCUAACACAAUUGUUUUGAAUGAUACAGAUACAGUUAGAGAGACAGACGGAGAUGAGGAAACUGUCAAUGGUGAAGUAUUUACUAAAGAAAGAUCGUUACAGGGAAAUAUCGCUGAAUAUAGAUGUGAUGUUUGUAGGAAGACAUUCUCUUCUGAACACGAAGUCUUUAAACACAAAGAAGUACACAAUAGUGAAAAACCCUAUAAUUGUAAAAUAUGUGGAAAAUAUUUUGUCUCUAACAGUGGUUUAACAAAACACAAACCGAUACAUGCUGGAGAAAGACUGUUUCAUUGUGAGAUAUGUGGAAAAUCGUUUAUUAGCAAUUUCCUUCUUGCAAUACACACGCGUAGUCACACUGGGGAAAAACCAUUUAAGUGUGAAAUAUGUGCGAAAUCAUUUGUCUCAAAAAGACAAGGGAAAAUAGCUUUUGAUCAACAACAAAUCAAUCAACGAACUUUCUUCAGCUUUCUUCACUUUUCAUUUGGACUUUAUAUCAAACAUUCUACUGCUUUUCAGAAUUGCUCAAGAAAUACUAUGGAGAACGUUGAUCAUUUGAACACUUCUAACACAAUUGUUUUGAAUGAUACAGAUACAGUUAGAGAGACAGACGGAGAUGAGGAAACUGUCAAUGGUGAAGUAUUUACUAAAGAAAGAUCGUUACAGGGAAAUAUCGCUGAAUAUAGAUGUGAUGUUUGUAGGAAGACAUUCUCUUCUGAACACGAAGUCUUUAAACACAAAGAAAUACACAAUAGGGAAAAACCCUAUAAUUGUAAAAUAUGUGAAAAAUAUUUUGUCUCAAACGAUGUCUUAACAAAACACAAACGGAUACACACUGGCGCAAGACUGUUUCAUUGUGAGACAUGUGGAAAAUCGUUUAUUAGCAAUUCUAAUCUUGCAGUUCACAAACGUAGUCACACUAGAGAAAAACCUUUCCAUUGCAAAUGUGAAAUAUGUGCAAAAUCAUUUAUCUGUAAAAGUGAGCUAACAUUUCACAAAAAAAUUCACACUGGAGAAAACCUAUUCCACUGUGAAAUAUGUCCAAAAUAUUUUCGCUUUAACAGUGAUUUAAACAGACAUUUAAGAACACAUACUGGAGAAAAACCAUUCCACUGUGAAACAUGUGGGAAAGCCUUUGUUGAUAACAGUGGCUUAACAAAACACAAGAGAAUCCACACUGGAGAAAAAAGCUAUGAUUGUGAGAUAUGUGGAAAUUAUUUUUUCUGUAAUAGUGCUUUAAAGAAACAUAAACGAACACAUACAGGAGAGAAACCACACCAUUGUGAUAUCUGUGGUAAAUCUUUCUCUGUUAAUUUCAGUUUGGUUCGUCACAAACUUAGUCAUACUGGAGAAAAUAUUUAUCGCUUUGAAAUAGAUGGAAAAUCAUUUGCUGAUAAACCAUGUCUUGUUAAACACCAGCAUGGUCACACUGGAAAAAAUCCCUAUCAUUGUGAAGUAUGUGAGAAAUCAUUCUCCGACAAUUCUCUUCUUGUUCUUCACAAACAAAGUCACACUGGAGAGAAACCUUUCCAUCAUGAAAUAUUUGGAAAACGAUUCGUUGAUAACAGCCCCUUAAAUGCAAACAAAUUAAAUGACUCCGGACGAAAACUGCUUCGCUGUGAAAUAUGUGGGAAAUGUUUCACUCAAAAUUCGACUCUUGUCAGACAUAAACAGAGUCACACUGGUGAAAAACCUUAUCGUUGUGAAAUAUGUGGGGCAUUGUUUGCCUAUAAUGGUAACUUAACAAAACACAAAAGAAUACACACAGGAGAGAAACCAUUUGGCUGUGAAAUAUGUGGGAAAUCUUUUGUUUGUGGCAGUGACUUAACAAGACAUGAAAGAAUGCAUACUGGAGAGAAACCUUUCCAUUGUGAAAUAUGCGGACAAUCUUUUUCUCAGAAUUCCCAUCUCAUAUGUCACAAACGGGGCCAUACUGGAGAAAAGCCUUUCCUUUGUGAAAUAUGUGGAAAAUCUUUUUUUCAGAGUUAUCAUCUUGUAAUUCACAAACGUGUCCACACAAGAGAAAAGCUUUUCCACUGUGAAAUAUGUGGGACAUCGUUUUUGUCUAACAGUACCUUAACAAAACACCAAAAAAAACAUACAGGAGAGAAACCAUUUGGCUGUCAAAUAUGCGGGAAGUCUUUUAAUUAUAGCAGUAGUUUAACGAAGCAUAAAAGAAUACAUACAGGAGAAAAACCUUUCCGCUGUGAAAUAUGUGGGAAAUCUUUUGCAACUAGCAGUAACUUAACACAACACAAAAGGAUUCACAAAGGAAGGAAACCUUUUAAUUCUAGAAUAAGAUAAAUCCUUUUAUGUGGAGAACAUUCUAACUUGGGGAAAAAUGAUGGAAAUCAUUCUCAUUUCUUAUCUAUACAUAUAUAUGUUUCUUUCUGUUUGCAUCUUACAAGUUCUUUGCUCAGUCUGGUAUAAUAAUAUAAAACACUUGUCCAAGAUAUCUCAUAGUGGAACUAAAACUGAAAUCAACAUGAUAUGGUUUAGAAAAAUGUCUAAAUUCUGUAAUGGUGUUGAUGUUGAAAUAUCAAACCAACACCUGCAGAGAUAUUCGUCUAAGUGAAACCUUUUCACUUUACCUCGUCUAUCACUAAAACCACAGAAAAUUCAAAGUCAUUUUAAAUAAAAUUAUAUUGUUUACAUUCAUUAGAGUAUCAUAAAACUACAAAUUAUUCAAUGAUAAAAUCAUAAACAAGCAAGAACAUUCCAUCUAAAAAGCGAACUUUCCUUUUCUUUGUGUCAAUACUUAAGAUUCAGCAAAAAAAGAAAUCACUGAGAAAUUUAUGCAAAACUUCAUCGUUGAAAUUUGUGAUGAAAUAUUUUUUUGUCAAUCUAAAUAUUUUGUUAAAAUUGUUAUGAAUUUGGAAAUUAAAAUCCUUUCAUUUUAA